AUGGCUACAGGAUUGCUGACAACCUGGUCACAGAACUCGUUGACCUUUGAGGAAGUGGCAGUGGAGUUCUCCCAGGAGGAGUGGGCAUUGCUGAACCCUGCUCAGAAAAACCUGUACAGAGAUGUAAUGCUGGAGAACUUUAGGAACCUAGCCUCACUGGACUGGGAAACUCAACUUAAAUCAAAAGAUGCAAUGGCUAUGCAGAAUGUUCCUGGGAAAAAGACAUCUAAUGGCAUAAAAAUGGCACCAGCUCAACCUGGCAAGAAACUCUUGGAAUGUAAUCAUUUUAUAAAAUUCAUCAGAAAGAACUUUCACUUUAUUGGCAAAACAUACUCCAAGGGAGAAAAAUGCUACAAAUAUAAAGAAUGUGGGAAAGUCUUCAGCCAUCCCACAACUCUUAGGAGUCAUGUGAGUACUCACACUGGAAUGAAAACUCUUGAAUAUAAUGAUUGUAGAAAGGCCAUCAAUCAAGAGUCAUCCCUUAGGAAACACUUAAGAACACUCACAGGAGAGACACUGUAUGAGUGUAGCCAGUGUGGUAUGUCCUUCAGCCUACAGUCUUCCUUUAUGGUACAUGAGCUAAUAUCUGUUGGAGAGAAACUUUCCAAAUGCAUUGACUACAGAAAAGACUUCAGUGCAAGGUCUUCCCUUAGUGUCAACAAAAAAAUACAUACUGUGGAGGAAAGCUUGGAAUGUAAUGAACAUGGGAAAGCUUUCACUAGCCCCUUGUCCCUUCAGGAAUGUAUGAGAACUCACACUGGAGAGAAACCCUAUGAAUGCAGUGACUGUGGGAAAACCUUCAUUUUUCAAUCUUCGCUUAAGAAACACUUGAGAUCUCACACUGGAGAGAAACCUUACGAGUGUAAUCAUUGUGGAAAAUCCUUCAGCCAGAGCUCUCAUCUGAAUGUGCACAAAAGAACUCACACUGGAGAGAAACCUUAUGACUGUAAGGAAUGUGGGAAAGCUUUUACUGUUCCUUCAUCCCUUCAGAAGCACAUGAGAACACACACUGGAGAGAAACCCUAUGAAUGCAGUCACUGUGGGAAAGCCUUCAUUGAUCAAUCAUCCCUUAAGAAACAUACACGCUCUCAUACUGGAGAGAAACCUUACAAGUGUAAUCAAUGUGGAAAAUCCUUCAGCACAGGCUCUUAUCUCAUUGUGCACAAAAGAACUCACUCUGGAGAGAAAACCUAUGAGUGUAAAGAAUGUGGGAAGGCCUUUAGGAAUUCCUCUUGCCUAAGGGUACAUGUGAGAACUCACACUGGAGAGAAGCCCUAUAAAUGUAUUCAGUGUGGAAAAGCCUUCAGCACAAGCACUAACCUUAUAAUGCAUAAGCGAAUACAUGCUGGUCGCGAGAGGACUUGUGAAUGUAAGGAAUGUGGGAAAGUAUUUAGUUGUUCCUCAUCUCUCAGGAAACAUAUAAGGACUCACAGUGGAGACAGGCCUUAUAAAUGUAAGGAAUGUGGGAAAGCAUUUACUAGGUCCUCAAGCCUUAAUACACAUACAAGAACUCACAGUGGAGAGAGGCCUUAUAGAUGUAAGGAAUGUGGGAAAGCAUUUUUUUAUUCCUCAUCCUUCACUACACAUAUGAGAAUUCACAGUGGAGAGAAGCCUUAUGAAUGUAAGCAAUGUGGGAAGUCAUUCUGUGAUAUCUCACCCCUCAAUAGACAUAUAAAAACUCACAGUGGAGAGAGGCCUUAUGAAUGUAAGGAAUGUGGGAAGGCCUUUAACCGGUCCUCACACCUCACUUUCCAUAUAAGAACUCACAGAGGAGAGAGGCCUUAUGAAUGUAAAGAAUGUGGGAAAGCCUUUAGUUGGCCCUCAGCCCUCACUACACAUAUAAGAACUCACAGUGGAGAGCGGCCUUAUGAAUGUAAGGAAUGUGGGAAAGCCUUUAGCCAGUCCUCAUCCCUCACUAAACAUGUAAGAACUCACAGUGGGGAGAGGCCUUAUGAAUGUAAGGAAUGUGGGAAAGUCUUUAUUUCUUCUUCAUCCCUCACUAAACAUAUACGAACUCACAAUGGAGAUGGGCCUUAUAAAUGUAAAGAAUGUAGGAAAGCCUUUAGUUGGCCCUCAGCCCUCACUAGACAUAUAAGAACCCACAGUGGAGAGAGGCCUUAUGAAUUUAAGGAAUGAGGGAACAUCUUUAGUUAGCUCUGCCAUUUGAAAACGUGAGGAGGUACAGUGGAUAGAAACAAUAUAUAUAUUACACAUCUGACACAUCCUAUGAAUGUAAACGACAAGGGAAGCCUUCAGUGUUUGUCCUUCCUCUGGAUCUCUAUGAUACCUCACACACUGGAGAGACUCUGCAACUGUAAGCGUACUUCUUCAGAUGUAGCAUAUGACUUUGGAUAAGUAUCAAAAUGUUAUUUUGGUUCUUUAUGUAAAAAUUGUCUUUAUUACAAAGUCUCAUCACACCUUGGUGUCUUAAAUUUUUGUAUGGUAUUUUUUAUCAACUAUGUUUUUAAAGUUCUUGUAUUUUUUCAUAUUAUAAAGCAAUAUGUUCUCAAUGUAGAAAUAUUUUAACAGAACAUUUUAAGGAGAACCAAAAAUCACUUAGAAUUCCACCAUCAUUAUUUUGAGUAUUUUCCUUUAGCCUUCUUUGUCUGCAAAGCAGUUCUUUCUUGAAGAAUCUGGAUUAUACAGUGUGUGCACUGCUGUACCGAAUAUUUUUCUCAUUGCUUUUAUUUAUCCUCCACAACUAUUAUAAUCCCAGGUUUACUAAUGAGGAAACUGCACAGAAAAUUUUAACCCACAUCCCACCAUUUCACAAAAUUAUCCCUCUCAAAUGGUUUGUGAGCAGGAUUUUUGUUGAAGGAGGGCUCACAUUGAGGAUACAUAGAGAUGGUGGGCCUGCACAGACUCAAAACCUGACCUAGAUGCAGUGGAGCUUCUGUCCAGCACAGGCACAGAAUCUGCAUUUUGAAACAUUCUUGCUUUUGGUAAUUUUGUGGUUCCAGGAGACUGCAGUAGGCCAAGACUUGAGGCUGCAGUUGUUGGCUGCACUUGUGGCUGCUGCUCUACCUGAGAUGUGCAUUUGCUACAGGGCCUGGAGGUUUCUACAGACCUCCUCUGCCCCACGGUGCACUGGGACCUUUCAUGACUUCUCAUGUAAGGGGCUUGGGAAAUGGCUGUAGGUAGCAAAAGCCUUCAAAUUAGGCCUCCCAUUGGCCCAGCAAUUCCCCUUUCAGAAUCAUCCUGUGGAAAACCUUGGGCAUUGUAAUGGUGUACCUUGAUAAUAGUGCUAGAUUGUGGAAAUAGUGAAAGAGGGGAAAUGGUAUCAGUGUCCUACAGUAAGGGAGUUUUUAGAUAAAUGUCUGGCUACAUGUCCCAGUAUUGUACUGCCCCUAAAUGAUUUCAGGAAAAUUUACUCAACAGGAGAAGCAAUCAUAGCUUAAUGUUUAAUACACGGGGUAUAAAAUAGUGUGUACGUCUGAUGACAGAUUUUUUAAAAAUUAAUAUGUACAGAAAUCAGCUUGUAGAGAUCUGCCCCAAAGGUGAGAUUAAGUGAUUACUCUUUUUGCUUCUCCCUAUCUUGAAACUUCUCUGCAGCCGUUGUUUUACAGUUUUUUAAUUCAAAAAUAUUAAUUUGCUUUUGAAUUGAACAGUGGUAUGAGUUUUGACAAAUAUAUCAAGUUAUAUACCCAGUACCACAGUGAAAAUACUUAACAGCUCUUCUCUUUCCUCCAAAAAAUUCCCUAGUGUUGCCACUUUUUUGUCAUGAAUCCCUGGCACCUGUCUCUAUACAUGUCAUGCUAUUAGUAGUUUCCAGAUUCUGGAUCUUGUCAUUUAGUGUAAUGAAUUUGAGAUUCAUUCAUGAUGAUGAAUGUAUCAAUAGUUUGUGCCUUUUUAUUGCUCCAUAGUAUGUCAUCGUAUAUACAAACCACAGUUUGCGUAUUCAUCAGGAUAAGAAUAUUUUAGUUUCCUGUUUUUGCUUUUUUAAAUAAAACUAAACAUGCACAGGGUUUUAGGUGAACAUAAGGUUCCAUUUUUUCUCAUCUAUAUCCCUGUGAGUGGGAUUGCUGUGUCAUGGUGGGUGUAUGAUUACCUUUAUAAGAAACUUCCAAUCUGUUUCUCAAAGGGGCUGUGCCGUUUUAUAUUCCACCAAAGCCAAAAAAAAAACCCAUUGCUGUCAAGUUGAUUCUGACUCAUAGCGACCCUAUGGGACAGAGUAGAACUGCCUCAUAGGGUUUCCAAGGCGCACCUGGUGGAUUGGAACUGCUGACGUUUCAGUUAGCAGAGAUAGCUCUUAACCACUACGCCACCAGGGUUUCCUAUAUUACACCAGGAAUGUAUAGUUCCAGUUGCAGCUGGCAUGUGGAGAGGCUGUUUUCUAGAGCAAUACAGCAUAUUUUUCUUUGGCUUCAGGGGAGAGAUUUGGGUUGGCAGCUCAUCUGACAGGUGAGGAUAGCAUGUGGGAUGUAGCAGCUGGAUUAGUCCACAGGCCCAAUUGUAUGUAACUCAGGCUAUGUCACUACUGCUCAAAUUGAAAGCUGGAGAAACCUUGCAGUGUCAGAAUGCUGCACCUGUAGGAAUCCUGCACUGAACAACCCACACAGAGCAAGUUUGGGACUCACUGCCCUCUACAGGAGCCUGGCAGGUGAUCACAGUGGAACUGGAAAUGAAAGUCCCUUCUUCCUGCAAUGUCUUUCAUUGUUCUCCAUACAUUGAUUACUGGCAAAGGAGAAAUGUAAGGCCCAUGUCCAUUAUCACACACAGGCAAAAACGAGAUGUCUGCAGCAGAAGCAAUAAAGUGAUAACCAGGACAGUGGUUGAAGUGUGAGUUUUUAUUUUCGUUUUCUGUCAGUAAUAAACCAGCUUCUAGUAAUGCCAAAGCUAAGGUCUUGGUGCCCAACUUGUUCCCCCUCAUUGUAGGAGCUUAAAGUGUCUGCCUUGUGCCUGUCUGUUUCUCAUGCCAACUCUAAAUAUCUUCUCUGACAACAACUGCAAAUGCAACUAUUUUGACUCUAACCAACCAGAGCAAGGUCUGAUCUAACCAGUGAAUGGACACAGCUCUAGAAUGCCAAGC